GUUCAUCCUGAAGGAAAAUAUGUUGUUGAUAUUGAUAAGAAUAUUGACAUUACAAAGAUUACUCCAUUAACCAGAGUAGCCCUCCGCAAUGACAUCUAUGUUCUCCAUCUAAUUUUGCCCAGCAAAGUGGAUCCUUUGGUCAACCUAAUGAAAGUUGAGAAAGUGCCUGAUUCCACUUAUGACAUGAUUGGUGGCCUUGACCAGCAAAUUAAAGAGAUUAAGGAGGUUAUUGAGCUUCCCAUUAAACAUCCUGAGCUGUUUGAGUCUCUUGGAAUAGCUCAACCUAAGGGAGUGCUUCUUUACGGGCCUCCAGGUACUGGAAAAACAUUGUUGGCGAGGGCAGUUGCACAUCAUACUGAUUGUACCUUCAUUCGGGUCUCUGGUUCUGAGUUGGUGCAGAAAUAUAUUGGAGAAGGUUCUCGUAUGGUGCGAGAACUCUUUGUUAUGGCCAGGGAACAUGCUCCUUCUAUCAUUUUUAUGGAUGAAAUAGACAGUAUCGGAUCUGCUAGAAUGGAAUCAGGAAGUGGCAACGGUGAUAGUGAAGUGCAGAGGACAAUGUUGGAGCUUCUUAAUCAGCUCGAUGGAUUUGAGGCAUCAAACAAAAUUAAGGUUUUGAUGGCUACAAACCGUAUAGAUAUUCUGGAUCAAGCACUCCUGAGACCAGGAAGGAUUGAUAGGAAGAUCGAAUUUCCAAAUCCCAAUGAAGAGUCCCGUUUCGACAUAUUGAAGAUUCAUUCCAGGAAGAUGAACUUGAUGCGAGGGAUUGACUUGAAGAAAAUUGCUGAGAAGAUGAAUGGCGCUUCUGGGGCAGAACUUAAGGCUGUGUGUACAGAAGCAGGAAUGUUUGCUCUAAGGGAGAGGAGGGUACACGUGACACAAGAAGAUUUUGAGAUGGCAGUUGCCAAGGUAAUGAAGAAGGAGACAGAGAAGAAUAUGUCUUUGCGAAAGCUGUGGAAGUAAAUGAGGGGAGGAUACCAAUGGCAAAAAUAUUCUACUUAUGGACGUUAGUGCAUAAACUCUGCUCUAAACUUUUCUACUCAGUUGAUAUCGAAUGUACAAAAUUCGUGCUGACUGAAUGUUUAUACAUAUGGCACCAGGAGCUUCCUGAGCCAGGAGAUAUAGCAGCAUUGCUUCUUGUUCUCUGGCUCGUUUAAGGAUCUUCAAUCUUCUGUUUGAUUUUAUCAUGAGACUCGGAAUACUCUAUCUAUUACCUGUCCUGUGCUGUUUACUCUCGCAUUUCUGUAUGUCGAGAGUAUCAAAUUCAGACCCACUCAAGUGUUUUGACUCAUCUAUAGUACUUCUUCAAUAUAAGUUCUUAAUGUUUGUUGCUAUUUCGAUUAUAAAGUUACUUUAUACAA